AUGAUUAGGAGUUUUGGGAACAUUUCUAGUAAAGUCAAACUUGUGAAAGCUCCAUAUAGGUUUUACAGCGUCAAGUUUAGCGAGAAUUUCGAUGGAAAUCACCCGGCACCAACGAAACCAAAGCUAAGCGAGUUCAAGAACCCGCUUCUCCACACAUUUUUGUUGGCGUCGGCAACAUAUAUGGCCCUCCAGGCACUUUGGUCAGCACUUGAGUACGAGCAUGUGGAAGCAGAGCUCUUGAAGAAGUCGCAGAUUUUGGAAACAGAAAUGCAAGAAGCUAUUGAAGAUGCUAGAAAAGACAUGGUUCCCAUGAAGAGGGGAUGGCUUUCCAGCCUCAAAUUCUGGAAAAGCUAA